GCUCUCAUAAUUUAAGUGAAGACUGUCAAACCCUAGCUAGCGGACUAAAUAAAGUAGAAAGCUUAAAUGGUAAAACCAUUCACGAUGAACUAACCAAAUGCACUAAUAAAGGAGAAUUUGAUUCCAAAAAAGCUACCUUAUUAAUGAAAGCGGAUGAAGCCAUUAACGGUUUAAGACCACGCACUGGCUAUUCUAGCUCCAUGUUUGGAAUUUCUGAAGAAAUCAAAGAAUUAACUGCCGAAAUAAGAAAAAUUGAAGCCGGUAUGGAGGAAAAGAAAAAGAAAGCUUUAGAUCCGAACCUUAGUCCGCAAGAAAAAUUAGCAAUCUUAGAAGAAAUUGAAGAAGAUGGUAAAUUACUUCAAGCAAAAUAUGAAGAAAGAAACCGACUUACAAACCGCUUUAAGCAUAUUGACCCAAGCAAACAUGUUUCUAAAUUAAUUGAGAGAAUGAGACAAGCUAUUGAAAGAAGUAAUAAAGGUGGUGGUUCAGGAAAUGGUGGCGGCUCCGGCGGAAACAGAAGAAAUCCUAACUCUGACCCUAAUAAUCCCUUCGGAAACCUCCCUGAUGGAGACGGAAAUAGUCCUGGUAGUAUACCCAAUAAUACUCCUUACUCUCGAAAUCCAAGUCAAAGCGGCGACAAUCAGCAAUUAAUCCUUGUAGCCUUAGCA